AUGCCAACUGAUUCCACCAUUUCCAUCAGUGCCAUGGACAACUACGAAAGUGAAUCUACGAACAGUUUCUCAGAAAGUGUACAGGCUUACGUGCAAAACCUUAACUCUAUUGAUCAAGCUGUACGCACAUGGUUACAAAAUCCGAUGUCGAGCUCUCUAUACUCGUGCCUGAAAGCUGUUUUGAGCGAAGUGCACAUUCAGAUCAAAGACCAAGAGGCUAUGCGUCAUCUGGUCAAACCUGGGCGUCCUAGUUCUCUCACUUCCAAGAGGACACCCGCAGCCAUCAAAACUAAGACCUUGCGACGGUCUCCACGUUCCAACUCUCUUUCUCGCUUGCAGUCAUCAACACUCAAGGCUCGUUGUAUUGCGAAAAGGAAAAAGCUUCAAACUAGUUCAAAAAGAAAGAUGCAAUCUGGAACCCUGUUGUCUUCAAAAUCUCUCGAUAAAUCGCACCCUGCCGGUUCUUUAGCAGCGACAAACAUCAAACAACACACCUCCGGUAACCUAAACGUCACGGGUGAUAACCCACGUACUCGCUUGAACGCCGAAUCGGUCGAUAACGCAGCUUUGAUUGCUUUCGAAAAAUCGUUGAGCCAGGAUGAUGGUUUUGAUAUCCUUUCUGACGGAAGGUCUGAUGAUGCUCCCAAUAGUAUAGAAUCUCCUUCUCAAGAUUCUUGCCAUAACUUUGCUGCUACUGGUUCCAUUAGAAUACAGCCCGAAACUGACGGGGAAGUCACUGGUCCAGAUCCGCCGAACACAACCUCCCAAUCCAGCUCUCUUGAUACUGGUCUUUAUGCCACACCUGUUGCUACCGCCGAGAAAGGAUUUGACAUUCAUCCGUCACUACAAACUACAAACGCACGCUCUUUCUGGUUGCGCCGCAUCAAUCUCUAUCGAUCCCAGUCUGUGCAAAUGCAGGCAAUCAUUCCAGCGGAAGUCAAAUCAAUACACAAUGCUGCACUUGCAUUAUUGAACGCUCUUGCUCGCGGAUCACUCGUUAGUUUUGAUCCCACAGAGGUGCUGCCUCAGGCUGUGACGUUUGACAAUCGAAAAGACCCUGGAAUUCGAAUGUGGUGUAAGAGAGCUGAAAGUAUGAGAAAUUCCAAGCGAUCUCGGACUCCUUUCGAAGCUGACCUUCAACAUUAUUUACUUUCAAAUUCAGAUCGAAAACUAUUUUGCGCAAGUGAACAGACAUCUUGGUACAAGCCAGAUGUCUUUGACUUCAAUUCAAUUGACAAUUAUGACCCGCCCAAAGAUAUACCCAUCCAUGAUCGGUAUCUUUGGGAUACAAUCAGAAUGUUCCACAACCCCAGCCCAACAUUUGUUGAACGGGCAAUGCAUUAUGUGAUGGCUGCCGUGGUUUUGGUUGGAAUGGACUGUAAUACUCCGAUUGGCUCCACUAAGAACUCGAACACGAAUCUCUCCGCUCAAACGUCACUCAACGCGAUUUCCUGCUGGAGUCAUUACAAAGAACUGUCUUACAUGCGGUGGAAAUCAAUAAAAGAGAGCAAAUCAAACUCCCCAGAUGCUUCUCUCAAAGACUUGGACCGACUCAUUGCUUCGAUCUACUCUCUUGUUGUCGCGUUCACAAGCAUAUGGGCAUCUGUCACCCUGGACGCCGAUAUCGAAGCAUGCAACAAUCUUUUAAAUGCAGCCAUCACCCCGGACACAAUUAGCAAAUUGACCGUGCAGAAGGAGCAGCUUUCAAAAGCGCGGGAGGCAGUCGAUAUCGAGCAGGCUGAUCUUCCACCUCUUGUCAGUUUUCUAUGUUCAGGUGUUACGGGACUGAUGAUAUAUCCAAAUGAUAAAAAUAGUCUCUCAACUCUCCGAGCAGUCAAUUUCAUGCUUGUAACUUGUGAUCUCAUGGAGCCUGAUCAUUCCUUUCAUGAGCCAGUCUGGAGAAGAACGCAGUCGUACAUAGUCCAGUUCUUGAAAGAUAUCAUUCUCUGCACAGGACCCUGGGUCCCACGUGAAUUAAACCGGUAUCACUUGGCCAAGGCACUUUUCCUCGACUUUUCUGGAUUCUGGCUUGCACAGAAUAUAAGUAAGAUCUCUAUACCAAAGUCAAGGAACUACAAAAUUGGUGAUCAAGAAUAUCUCUAG